AUGUUGAAGAAUGGAUUGUACCCGAAUGUGGUUACUUUUAACUCACUUAUCGGUGGGUUAUGUAAAAGCAUGAUAAGGAGUGGUUAUCAUCCUGAUGAGCAUACUUUUAAAAUGCUGAUAUCUAACUUCUGCAAUAACAGGGAUUUUGAUGGAGCAGUCGAAGUCUUGAAAGAAAUGUUUGAGAGAUCCAUUGCUCUUCAUUCAAGCAUCUUAUCUGAUUUAUGUCUAGGACUAUACAGAUGCGGAAACGAGAAAAUGUAA